AUGGAUACCCUCUGUAUCGCAUUUUUCAUAAGCUUACUGGUUGUGUUUGUGAGUCAGAUUUUUUCACAGUGUUUGCCUGAGUGCACGUGCACGACCGACCGUUAUGGGAGGUCACUUCUGUGCAUGGAGACUACGUUAAAUGGGAUCCAAGAAAUGAUCCCCGAAGAGUUUACAAAAAUCCGCAUAGAGAAAUCACAUUUUAGUGAAAUACCCGGGGCUGCGUUUUCACGGAACAAAGCACUGGAAAAUCUCUGGUUAAAUUUCAACGACAUCACCAUCGUCAAUAUAAAGUUUUUAGAGGGUUUGACUAAUCUGACGGAACUCAGACUACAGGGGAACAAACUCCGUUCAAUACCAUGGACAGCUUUCGAGGACACGCCUGCCCUAAAAGUCCUGGAUCUGAAGCACAACCUCUUAGACGUUAUACCUGAGUACGCGUUGAAAUUCUUGCCAAAUCUUACUUAUUUAGACCUGUCGUUCAAUCAGCUCACAGUGAUAUCUAAGGAUGUUUUCUGGAACUGGCCUUUGUAUCAAGCAGUCGUUCAAAACGAAGAGCGAGAGACAUACAGACCAAAUGUAGUUUUGGCGUUACAUGAAAAUCCUUGGAUUUGUGACUGUCGCCUGAAAGGUUUCGUUGAAUUCGUCACAUCGUUAAGUCCUCCUGUCAUCCUCAUGAACUCGUAUUUGUCAUGUUCCGGCCCAAAGUUCAGAGAAGGCAAGUUUUUCCACGAAGUGGAUUUGGAACCGUGCGCGAAACCCGUGGCUACUGCCCCUGUCACCAACGUCACCGCGGCGUCGGGUGAAAAUAUCACUCUUUCUUGCUUAGCUAUGGCCAGACCCGAGCCUGCUGUCUGGUGGACAUAUGCUCUUAAGAUACUAAGAGGAUUCCAUGAGACUCAGAUCCACGUGGAUGAGGACACAAUCAAGUCUCAGCUCAUCAUUCCAUCUAUUCAUCUGGCCGACCGUGGGGUCUACACCUGCACUGCCAACAACUUCAUCGGCAACACCUCCGUCAGCGUUCUCGUGGACGUCAAAGCUCCGAAUGAGGGGAUGCCUCUCUCUCCAGCCUUCCCUCCAGCGGCCGCCGACGAAAACGUCUACAUCGACAUCCGGAUCGCCAAGCAGACCAUCUACGGCAUCUCAAUCGACUGGUACGCCGCGCUUGAGAAACCGGCCGAGACCUGGUUCACCGUCCACUUCGGACCGUACGACGCGGCUAAGAAGGAGCUGAUCUACAUCGGCCCGGGAAUCAACACCUACUCGGUCACGGACCUCAGGCCGGCCACGAAGUACGAAAUCUGCGUGACGCUGAAGAAUCAAGCGCCCAGAAGCGGGCAGUGCAUCAUCUUUGUGACUGGCAGCGCCAUCAGCGAGAGGGAGCAGAGGGAAAAGCUCGUUCACAUCGUCGUCAUCGUGUGCGCCAUGGUGUUGGCCGUGCCGGCUGGCAUGUACGCCUGCACCACCGACAUGAAGUUUAACUGCUUCGACCGCUGCUCGGAGAUGUGGAAGAACCGGAGGCGGUCGCAGCACUUAAGCAGGCCCGACGAAAGACAGGGCACGUUCGACAGUCUCCAGGCGGCCAGUGACGAGGGCCUUUGCAAAGAGUCCAGCGAGGACCGUAAAGCCAGAAGGCGAUCGGAUGACAGAGUUCAAAAGGCCAAAGCUGACCGCAAGCCUAGAGCUGAACUCUACUGA